GUGGGCAACCUCAGUCAGACAGGUAGAGGAGAGGAGACGUCGUCGCCGCCGCUCGCCUGAGGUGCACCGAACGCAUUUUGGACUUGGACCGGGCAGGACCGGGCCGGACUGCGGAGGCCGCUGUUCGGCUCCUCCUUGCGGCCGCUGAACGGUGCUUGGAAGCACGCUCCGGCUCGGUUCUCCAUCCUAAUCACCGCGCACAUGCUUGAACACUUCGGCGAGGACUCGGGCAGGAGAAGGAGGAGGCAUGUAGUUGCAAUGGAUUAAUUGACAAGGACCACGUGGACUUGUUCCUUUUUUGACAUCGCGAGUGCUUUCUAAGUCAAGCGUGGGCCAUGGAGAACCAAGGCGCCGAGUUGCAGAAUUUCGAAGACGUGCAGAGAAGCGGCUACCUCCGCAAGCACAAAUCAAUGCACCGGCGCUUCUUCGUGCUGAGGACGGCCUCGGAGCGUGGUCCCGCUCGCUUGGAGUAUUACGAGAACGAGAAGAAAUUCCGCAGCAAAUCUCCCGUGCCCAAGAAAGUGCUGAACCUGGAGACGUGCUUCAACAUCAACAAGCGGGCGGAUUCCAAGAACAAGCACCUGAUCGUGCUCUACACGCGCAGCGAGAGCUUUGCCAUCGCCGCGGAAAGCGAGGAGGUCCAAAACGAGUGGUACCAAGCCAUGCUGGACCUCCAGUGCAAUUGUAAAUCUCCUGAAGAUUAUGGAAGUAGCGGAGAGUGUAGCUCUCCGUCUCCAAUUCCAACUUUCAAGGAAGUGUGGCAGGUUAAAGUGUGGCCAAAAGGUCUUGGACAUGCCAGGAACUUAGUAGGCAUCUACCGCCUGUGCCUAACUGACAAGACAGUCAACUUUGUCAAGCUCAAUUCUGACGUAGCCGCUGUCGUGCUGCAGCUGAUGAAUGUUCGCAGAUGUGGCCAUUCAGAGAACUUUUUCUUCAUUGAGGUGGGUCGUUCAGCCAUAACUGGACCUGGAGAGUUUUGGAUGCAAGUGGAUGAUUCUGUGGUGGCUCAGAACAUGCACGAGACCUUGCUGGAAGCCAUGAAAGCGCUAAGCGAGGAGUUCCGUCAACGCAGCAAAUCUCAGUCCGUGGGGACGUCGUGUGGCGGCGGAACCGCUUCAAACCCCAUCAGUGUACCGAGUCGCCGACAUCAUCCGAAUCUGCCACCCAGUCAAGUGGGCUUUACCAGGAGAGCCCGCACGGAGACCCCGGGCGGUAGCAGUACCAGCACCUCGCCCACAUCACGCCACGGAUUUCCGCGGGCUCGAACGGCAAGCAUUGGGGCCAGGUCAGAGGAGAGCGGAGCAAGUACCAGGUCAACAUGGGCCAGCUCCAGCCCGAGUCUUAAUGGAUCCUGCUCAACGACACCAACGCUCAGGCCCAAGCCCACCAGGGCCCCCACCCCAGCAAAGAUUACCCUCAGCCUCGCACGUUACACGCCUAACCCUGCUCCCUCUCCCGCCCCGAGUCUCUCCUCCAGCUCCGGCCACGGCUCCGAAUGUGGUCUAGUGGGCGCGGCAGUGGGAGGCAUGACGGUGUGCUCCUACCCCCGAGUGUCUCAGAGAGUUUCUGUUUCGGGUUCACCGAGCGACUAUGGCUCCUCUGACGAAUACGGUUCCAGUCCCGGUGAGCACUCACUGCUCAUGCCCAGUAUGGCUGCCCAUCACGGGCACGGAGAAGGGCCCUCAAGCUACAUAGUCAUGGGUCAACGAGAGGGCCUCCUCGGUUCCCGUCAUCGCACCAAAGGCAGGCGCAUUCUGCGGCGCUCAUCCAGUCGGGAUUCCGAGGCAGAACGAAGAUUACUAAGUAAGAGAGCUUCCCUGCCUUUGGCCACCCACGAACGACUGGCUCAACAUCGAAAAGAUGACGAGGAGGACGUGGAAGAAUAUGCCGUAAUGUCACAGGGCGCUAAGAGAGAAGGCUCUGGCAGCUUGGCGGCGGGGUGUGGGCGAGGUGAUGUGGCGGGGGAGAACAGAAAACGAUUUGACAAAAAGAGAGAAGCAGAUGCAAGAGCGCCGUUGGAUAGCGGCUACAUGUCAAUGCUGCCCGGAGUCACAUCUCCGGCUGCAGACGACGAGUACAUGGCCAUGACCCCAAACAACAGCGUGUCCCCGCCUCAGCACAUGCGGCAGCCCAGCUCGGAGGGUUACAUGGUCAUGUCCCCAAAUAGUAGCGUCUCGACAGAGUUGCACGGACUGGGAAUGUGGGAUAGCAGGGGGAGCAUGGAGAGCCGGGUUGCCAGUGACUACAUGAACCUCUCCCCUGUCAGCAGCCACUCUGCCUGUAGCACACCACCUUCCCACCCUGAACAGCACCAACUGCAACCAAAAAUGUUUAAUUCCUACUUCUCUCUGCCACGAGCUUAUCAGCAUACCCUCUACAGUCGCUUUGAGGAGGAUCUAAACAAAGAGGAGUGCAAAAAGGACGGUAACGAUAGCACUGGAAUCAGUGGAGGAGUCGGGUACAAUAAGAGAAACAAAAUGGGAGUGGGCCCUACCGGAGGCUUCCAACUCUCCAUGUCUUCGUCUUCUUUCUCCUCAAGCUCAGCCAGCAGCGAAAGCCUGGAGGACAAGUCCAUAUCAGCCGGAAAAGGGUUAAGUUUGUACAAGAGUGCAGGAACAUGCACCAAGGAUAGUCGUCACCUACAAAAACGCGGAUCGAGCUGCAAGAGUCCAAAGCAACAAAGGAGGGGCCGCCCCCUCAGCAUGUCUUCAGACAUUACGAAAGCAAACACAUUGCCUCGGGUGAAAGAGAAUCUGCCCCCGAUGGCGGCUCACAACGUCGGUGAGUAUGUCAGUAUUGUUUUUAAGGAAGACAAUAAGUAUCAUGGCGGAAGAUGUGCAGGGUCAGAUCGAGCGCAACCCGUCAUUCAUGGCACCCUCCGGCCCUCAAACCAGCCCCUCCCAGCUCCCGAUAAUGCUGCUAACCUUCCUCGCAGCUUCUCAGCACCGUUGUCCACCUCUGCUGAGUAUGUCAGCAUGGAUGUCGGGAAGUCACCAACACCGCUAAGGUCGACAUUCAGCCCCCCGCAGGGCCCACCAGCUGUCGCCCCCAAGGGCCGACUUGAACGCGGCACAUCAUCUCCUCUGGGAGCAGAAGGAAACUCUCUACAUCGAUCCAAAGGAAAGACGGCAGGAGACGCCCACAGUUCGUUCAUUGACAACAUUUCGGAUCCCGGCCUUUCAGCGAGACCUGUCGCCCACUCGGGUCCGCCUGUAUCCAUAGCGGGGGAAUCAGGUUUGGGGUUUUCUCCUGUCAAGACCUUCCAGUCUCCUGAGCAUGGCAACAGGCUAGUCCGAGCCGAUGCUCAGGCUCGGCGGGGCCACCACUCGGAAACCUUCAACUCACCUCCAUCCGCGCCCCGACACCCACCCUCCACGACCAACAUCUUCCCAGAAGGCGGUCAGCCGGCGGACCACCGGCACACUUUGGACUGCUCACAGUGGAAAAGCGGUCAGGCAGCUGGUUUGUCUGACACGCCGCCUCCACAAGCCCCUGCUGAACAAGGCCUUAACUAUAUUGACCUUGACUUGGCCAUUAAGGAGAGCUCUCAAGCGGGAGCUGAGCGUUCCUCUGCCGCCUACAACAUUGGCGCAGGCGCUCUGGGCAGUGGUGCGGGCUCCAGCCUCAAUACGUACGCCAGUAUUGACUUCUAUAAGUCAGAAGAACUGAGAGCACACCAAAUUGGCAGACAGGAUGAUCAAGAUUGUUGAUUUGUGCUCAAGUCUAUGAUGAGAGCUGCGCCAUGCCCAACUGUUGCCGCAACACAACUGUACGCCGAGUCCAAAACACCGGAACGCUGGGAAACCAUUCCUCAUCCGUCUGCUGUGUUCUGACAACCUAACAUGUGCCAAACACACACACACACACACACACACACACACACACACACACACACACACACGCACACACA